CCUAGGUUACCCGUUAGUUAGAACAUAAAAAGAAAAAAAGAAAUAGGGAAAACUUGGCGUGUCCUCUGAUACACUGAACAGAAGAGAAGUGAGUGAGAGAAUGUUCAAGAAGGCGGUGGAGGCGAAAUCUCACCAGAGGUUGUCUGGUGCGGACCGGAAGAAGCUGAGGCGAAGCAUUAAGGACAAAUUCCCAAGGGUUUCUGAUUCCGAUUUAGAUGCCUUGCUUCCUCCCAAGGCAGAGAUUACAAUAGCCAAGCUUCAAAACCGUGUCCAUGUUUAUGCUGUGGAAGGAGGCUUUCCAAUGUUUUUCGAUGUUGAUGGCCGCGGCUCAGACAUUUUCCCUACAGUUUAUGCACUGUGGAUGGUCCCUGAGCUACUGCCAGUUUUCGUGCUAAAGGGUGGUGAGGUAUCCCGGUUCGUUAUCGGAGGAGCAGACUUGAUGUUCCCUGGUAUAACUGUGCCUCCCGAAGGUCUUCCUUCCUUUCGGGCUGGGGAACCUUGGGCUGUCAAAGUACCCGGAAAUUCUGCUCCCAUUGCAGUACGUAAUGUUGGGAGUACUACAAUGAGCAGUGCUGAAGCAUUAAAAGCUGGAUUACGUGGAAAGGCGCUGAGAAUAACUCAUUACUAUCGUGAUUUGCUUUGGGAAUCUGCCGAGGGGCAUUGCGUGCCUAAUGCAGGUUUUUUCGAAGAUGUUGUCUUUGAGGAUCCUUCUUUGUUACAAGCUUCUCAUGAUUCUGAUUUGACUGAGGCUGUCGGUGAGACAUCAAUUGAUCAGCACAACAACCCAAAAGGUGAUGGACCGGAGGAAUCUCUAGAUGUAAAUGAGUUCCAACCUGAUUCUAACCCUGCAUUGACGAUGCCAAAUGGUAAUGAAAAUGAUACCGCUGCUGAAGUAACUGAAGGCGUGGCUGAUUUGAAUUUACGGGAUACUGCCUCUGCUAAUGACCCAGAUGACCAACAGACUCUAUCAACUGCAGACGUUAAUUCCCUGUUAGAUAAGUGCCUUCUUCAAGCUUUGCACACAACGGUGAAGGACAAAGACCUUCCCUUGCCUGGAAGCACUCUAUGGUCAAACCAUGUAUUGCCGUGUAGGCCUUCAGGAAUCACUUUAGACAUCAAAAAAUCUUCCUACAAAAAGUUAUCAAAGUGGUUACAAGCAAAAUCCACCUCUGGCUUGAUAUCAGUGAAAGAAGAUAAACACAAAAAGGAAGUAAUGCUAUUUUCAGUAAACCGAAAACAUGCUGAUUAUUCAUCCUUUAAGCCUGAAAAAAGGCAAGUGGAGAAAAGUGAGCAACCCAGUGUUCAGUCUGCCAAUGAAAUUCGUUCAUCCAAAACUCUUGAAGUGGCUGAAAUCUACAAACCAAGUGUACAUGUCAAUUCCAUAUUUUCAUCUGUAGGAGCUGACACAGGGAAACUUUUUAGUGCUUCUGAAGCUACUGAUAUUGUCUUCAAAUAUGUUGAAAAAGAAAAUCUUGUGAAACCAACAAAUAAAUCCGUUGUGGUUCUUGAUGUAAUAUUAUGUGAUGCACUGUUCAAGGGGGCUAUUAAAAAAGGAACAACAUAUCCUACAGAAAUUCACAAGAAGGAUUUAGGAUCAACAUUUGUGAGCCGUAUGCAACCUCAUCAUGUUGUGACAAGAGGGAAUGAAUCUGUUGUUUGUAAAGGUGCCCUUAAAACAAUUCAGUUAUUGACAGAACGUCGGCAAGGCAACAAGAAGGUAACCAAACUCUCUGGUAUGGAAUCUUUUCUUAUAGAUGCUGAAGCAUUGGCAUCAGAACUGCAGAAGAAGUUUGCUUGCAGUACCACUGUUGCAGAACUACCAGGUAAGAAAGGGAAUGAAGUUUUGGUUCAAGGAGGAGUCAUCGAUGAUUUAGCUAGGCAUUUGAUUGAUCAAUAUGGAGUUCCAAAGAGAUACAUUGAAGUUCUUGAUAAAACCAAGAAAUGAGCUACAUACAAUUUUAUUUUAUUUUUUUAUGUAACGCUGAUGGGAGUGCUUUACUUAGAUGCCGAGAGAUGUGUAUGUUCUGUACUUUUCGUACACUGGUUUAUUGUUGGGUUGAGGUGAAUACAAAAGGAGCGCGAUAAGAAUAUAAAUGGACAAAGCACAAAUGCUCUUUUCAAUUCAAAGAAUUGUUGUGUCAAGUUUAUUGUUAUACUCUGAAUGGAGGAAGUCACCAUUCAGAUCAAACAAACUUGAUCAGUUGAGGCAGCAUUCACAAUUUUUUCACUAUAUGAAAGCAAUAGUCUAAACUCUCCCUU